AACAAAUAUCACAUCACUAUUCAAAUAUCAUCAAUGAAGAUAUGAAGGGGUGUGCACCUUAAUAUAAAGCCACUAUUAGAGAAUUCUUGCACACAGCAGCUCCCUGUUGACGGGGUCACAUCACAUCUGAGGAUGGUUUCUCUCCAUGUGUUUGUCUGUCUGCUGGGACUGGUUGUCCUGUGCCACUCUGACUGCUUCUUCCAGCAGUUAGUGAUCAAAGAUUUGAGGAAUCCUCCCAAUGGGUGUGAGGAUAAGGACGGAAAGCAGCAUAAUUUUGGCUCCAAAUGGGUGAGAGACUGCAUGCAGUGCUCCUGCACAACGGAGGGCUUGAGCUGCUGUAACAUGAUCCCUGACACAGGCAUAGUAGACAUUUCUGAAGAAUGUGAGCUGGUUGUAAAUAAGGAGACCUGCUCUGCCAAGGUGGUGCUGAAGUCAGACAAAACAAAGGAGUGUAACCCUAACUGAAAGCACCACAAAGUGACAUCCAAACAAGCGAUGAGUCUUUUUUUUUUGUUUGUUUGUUUCAUAUUUUAUCAACUAGUUUAUGGUGUGUACGUACAAUGAAUAACCAAUAAACAAAGACUAAUCAACUUUGUUCUUUGUCUUAUUCAUCAUGUUUUAAAUCUCAGUUGAAAUAAAGUUAAAACCUGCUCCGAAACCUG